AUGUCUUUCCUAGGAUCUUUCCGUCCCAACUCGCGCAGCAGUCAUUCAAUUCACCAUACCAGCACUCCGAAGCCCUUUACUUCCCACACGCAACGAUCUAACGCGACGCUCGACUCACGAGGCCCUCCCAGCUCUGCCCGAGGCAUGGCAGGGGUCAUGGACAUUGAGAGGACGAGGACGCGGAGAGAGAGGACAUUUGUCGGCAGCGAGUGCGCAGUCUGUGAGGAGGACCUGUCCUACACGCUUCGCGGAGAACGCGUUCUGCAGCUCUCGUGCUCACAUGUGGCUCACGAGGCCUGCUUCUACGAGUAUAUUCGCGAGUUCGAAUCGCAACAUUGCCCGACAUGCAAUGCCACUCUGGGGCUGGACACAAGCAGAGGGGGGAACUUUGACCUCGAGAAGCUGUCCACCAUUGUGCGCUCGGUGCAGAGCGAGUCGUCCCCCCAGCCCGACACCCAUCGGAGUGCUUCGAAUACGCCCACUCCCUGGGACAGCCAGACAAUCCAAUCUGACACGCAGAAUGGCACGCAAAGCCACGGCCGCUCUCGCAACGGGAGUGACGCCUCAGGCCGGUACCUGCACUCGACCCAGACGCGCCAGCGCGACAGCAGCCACAGUCGAGACCGCGGCUCAGAUAGAGGCGGCUCCAUAUCACGGCAGCAUGGGCGCAGCGAUUCAGGCGCAACCGGUCUCGCCUCUUCGAAUGAUUACGCCGCGACCCACGAGGGUAGGCGGCACGACUACGACGUACAGUCCAUGGAGACCAGUCUUAGCAGCCCGCGAGGCCUCUUGAAGAGCCCAAUCCCCGCCCCAACCGUGACCGUUCGAAGCGAGUUUCCCACCCUCAGUAGAUCGCGACAGCAGCAGAGCCUCACCUGUUUGGUCACAGUCGAAGUGGUGGAAGGAAAAUGGCGCGCCGACCCCAGCGACAUGCGCGGCCCACCGCCUCUUCCCUCGAUUGCCAGCGCCCCGGAGAGCUUUGGACGCGAGAAGUCGCCGCCAAACAGCAGGCAAUUCGAGCCGCAGUACGAACCGACAGAGGUCUUGGACGAGAUGACCGAGGAUUUGCACGCCCGUGUGGACAACUGGCACGGCCUGGACUUUUCACGCUUUGGCAAGCUACGACUGCACGGCCACAUCCGUGUCGGCAAGGACCGACAGUCGUGGCAGGAGCUUGAGUGCUACCUCUUCUCCGAGAUGCUCAUUUGUGUGAAAGAGAAGAAGACGGCACCGCAGCCACAGUGGGACGGCUCAGAACUGUCCGUCCAGAAGAAGAACAAGUGCACGCUGAAGGGCUCUAUCCUCAUCAAGAAGCACCUCAACCAGGUCGAGCACUCGCAAGACGAUAUGAUACUAACCCUGAGUCUCUCGGUGGCAGAGCUACCUUCAUUCCACUUGCAGUUUCAGAACAGAAGCCAGCUGGAGCUAUGGCGACGAGCCCUUAUGGACAUUCGUCUGGAUUUCCCCACCAGCAACAGGAUGCCAGACUACGAGCUGGACAACUCUGGAAACGAGGAGGACGACUAUCGUAGGCCAAAGCGGGUAUCAUCAGUAAACUCUUCCUACGGCGCAGCCAGGUCGACCAUGACCGCACCCACCGAAUACACCAGUUCCCGCGCCGGCAUACCAGAGCCCCGCCUAUCUGCCUCAAUACACGUACCUAUCGAUGUGGUGGUUGUCAUCCCGGUCUCUUCAUCCAUGCAGGGCCUAAAGAUCAACCUACUACGCGACACGCUCCGAUUCCUGGUGUACAGCCUCGGUGAGCGUGAUCGCAUGGGCUUGGUUACCUUUGGCUCCAGCGGUGGAGGAGUACCCAUUGUUGGCAUGACAAGCAAAGCCUGGAGAGACUGGCCGAAAGUACUCGAUUCGAUACGGCCCGUGGGACAGAAGAGCCUGCGUGCUGACGUAGUCGACGGUGCUAAUGUGGCCAUGGACCUACUCAUGCAGCGCAAGUCGAGCAACCCACUUUCGAGCAUCCUCCUCAUUAGCGAUUCUUCCACCUCGGAUACCGAGAGUGUAGACUUCGUGAUAUCGCGCGCUGAGGCAGCUAAGGUUUCCAUUCAUUCGUUUGGUCUUGGACUGACGCACAAACCCGACACCAUGAUUGAGCUAUCCACACGUACCAAGGCAUCCUACACCUACGUCAAGGACUGGAUGAUGCUUCGAGAGUGUGUAGCGGGAUGUCUUGGCUCUCUUCAGAAUACUUCGCAUCAGAAUGUCAAGCUGAAACUGCGGCUGCCUGAGGGCUCUCCGGCCAAGUUUGUCAAGAUCAGCGGCGCGUUGCAAAUCACGAAACGAGCAGCGGGGCGGGAUGCCGAAGCAGCAUUGGGCGACUUGCGCUUCGGCGACAAAAGAGAUAUCCUUGUGCAACUAGCCAUCUCUCCUGAUUCCGGCUCGCCGGAGCAGCUUCCGCAAGACCCGUGGGAAACUAUUGUCUCCGGUCUGGAGGCUUUGGGCGGACCGCUCGACCAAGAUGAUUCGCGCACUCUCAGCGUUGAGGAGGUGCCUCUGAUCCAAGCAGACCUCACAUACGGCGACAUUCUCCGGGAAGGCACGCUCUCGCAUCUCCCAAGGCCAUCAUUACUUGCCAUCACAUUACUACCGUCUGGAUCCAAGAAGAAUCCUAAUGGGCGACCUCCGACACCUCCCAUCCCACCCCACCCUCAUGUCGUGCAGCGUCGUAUGGAGUUGCUCACCUCAGACAUGCUGACCCGCGCAUUGACGCUUGUGUCGCGCGGCCAACACGAACGAGCACACCACCUACUCAAGGAGACGCGUACUAUUCUCAAAGGCCUAGGAAAGGGUGGUCUGCCACCUCUUCCACCUCCCGGUCACCGACGCAAUGACGCGUCCAGCGCCACAGGCAGCACAGGCGACUCAUCGCCCACCACCAACAGUAACAGCGGGGAUAUGCGCCCACGCACGCCCUCACCACACGCAGACAGCCCCUUUACGCCUGCAGCAGGCAUCGAUGCAAGAACCAUGCGCGCACUGGACGCCGAACUGGAGUCUAGCCUCGAGUGGAUAAAUCACCCUGCAGUCUUCGGUCGGGAUUCGCGCAAGGCGGUGCUGCAGGCGAUCGGCGUCAUCUCUUCACAACGCGCAUAUACUUUUAGAACACCUGCCGAGUCACUCUGGGCAGAGCGCAUCGCGGGCGUCAAACGCCUGUCAGAACGCUCGCGGGAGUGGCGUGAAUCCGGCGACCAAGAGGCUCUCAUGGAGGAGAACUAG